AUGGCUGAACCAGUUAUUGACGAAGCCCUCCGUGAGGUAUCAGCCCUACCUCUCUUUCAUACCUUGCUCUACCGUCCGCCCUGCUGAAAUAUUACAGAGGCUCAAGUCAGCUCUCUGGUUCUCCAUCGGUAAGAUUGUCGACGAGGAGAUUCUUCAGCUUAAUGUCAACGCAACUCCUCAAUUCAUUGGAGCUCUGACCGAGAUGGUCUGGGCACAGCUAGGUGAGUUAUCAUAGCUUUUGGAAUCCACAUUCGCUAAUAUGAUUUUCGGACUAGAGAACAUUAGUCGAGAUCUCGAGUCCUUUGCCAGGUAGGCCAGUCACCACUUCCUCAUCCCCCCAUCUCUCACCAUUCACUUCGACCGGUGCUAAUCCAUUCAUUAGGCAUGCUGGGCGCUCUACCGUGAAUACCGACGAUGUUCUGCUGCUUGCUAGGAGAAACGAGGGGCUGGGGGAACUUUUGAGGGCAUUUGUUGAUGAAGAGAAUGCUGGGAAGCUUGCGGAUAAAGGAAAGGGGAAAGGAAAAGGGGUUGCAAAAAAGUAA